GCCUCGUCUCGCGCUUGCCUGAUGUUGUUGCUCUCCUCUCUGAGCAACUGACAGGCGUAACAGAAACAGGAGGCAGAGAGUAGAAGUUUUCCCUCUUUCUUUUCCUGCUCCUCUCCAUCAUGGAGGACCAGGGCCGUUUCUCCCGUGAGGAAAUCAACAGCACGGUGUGGGAAGUCCCGGAGAAAUACACGCGGCUGAAGCAGAUAGGGACCGGGGCGUACGGUGUGGUGUGCUCGGCAGUAAACGACAAGACUAAAGAGAAAGUGGCCAUCAAGAAGCUCCACAGGCCCUUUCAGUCGGAUAUCUUCGCUAAGAGGGCUUACAGGGAGCUCCGGCUGCUCAAACACAUGAAGCAUGAGAAUGUGAUAGGACUCCAGGAUGUGUUUACACCUGCCUCCAGCUUGGACGAUUUCCAAGACUUCUAUCUGGUGAUGCCUUACAUGUACACCGACCUGUCAAAGGUGAGGGGUCAUCUCUCUGAAGACAAAGUCCAGUUCCUCGUUUACCAGAUGCUCUGUGGACUCAGGUACAUUCACAAGGCGGGAAUCAUCCACAGGGAUCUAAAGCCUGGAAACCUGGCCGUUAAUCAAGACUGCGAACUGAAGAUCCUGGACUUUGGGCUGGCUCGCAGUACCGAUGCGGAGAUGACGGGCUACGUGGUGACCCGUUGGUACAGGGCGCCUGAGGUCAUUCUGAACUGGAUGCACUACACCCAGACUGUGGAUAUUUGGUCUGUGGGCUGCAUCAUGGCAGAAAUGAUCAAUGGAAAAACCCUCUUUAAAGGAAAAGACUACAUGGACCAGCUUUCUCAGAUCAUGAAGGUCUGUGGAGUGCCUGGACCAGAGUUUAUCCAGAAGCUUGAAAGUCCAGAGGCCAGAAGUUAUGUAAAAGGCCUCCCUCGACACCCUAGAAAAGACUUCUCAACGUUGUUUCCCAGAGCCAGUGAUAAGGGGGUCGAUCUGCUUGAAAAGAUGCUGGUUCUGGAUGGAGAUGAGAGGCCUACUGCCGAACUCGCUCUGGAGCACCCGUACUUCGACAGUCUACGAGACCCGGAGGACUUUCCUGAGCCGACGCCAUAUGAUGACAGCCAUGACAAUGCAACGUUGUCCCUAGAUGAGUGGAAGCGGUUAUGUUACAAAGAGGUGAAAAGCUUUGUUCCGUUUCCACGGCGGGACUCCAAGAGAAAAAACACUUUUACUAUGUCUCCAUGACCCCAUGGAUUCGAUUUCCCUCCCGACGCCCCAACAGAUAACAGCACAAAGCCAAUUACUGACCCAAAUCAAUUUUAUUUGGAAGGUAGUUGGAUUCAUUGUUUGAUGAUAGUGCUUUAUUUAAACAAAAACAUCCCAUUUUCUUUCUGAAUGUGAGCUUAUUUCUUAAAUGUAAAUUGUUACAUGUCAGUGAUUCGUGUUGAGAGUUUGUGAUAAAACGGUGCAGGAUUUCCUUUUAGAUGUGCUGUAAUACUGCUUUCCAUUAAACAAUAAGAUU